GGCCUACGAGAAUUCACGAGAUUCGGAAUCUCGUUAAGGGGCAAGGCGCGUUAACGGUGAUCUGAAUUCGAUCAAGUUUAUCGAUACGUGUCGCCGGCCAACCGCGGCCAUUCAACCAUCCAUCCCAACCAAUCACAACUAUGAAGUCAUGAAGCUUCUGCUGCUCGUCCUGCUCGGUUGCACGUGCUCGGCCCAUUUCGCCCAGCCAGGCGAAGACGAUUACAGCUUCGAUGAGAUUCGAUGGAACGGCGACGAUUACGAGUUGGUCGAUCACGAGGUCGAAUCUCGAGAAUUGACGAAUCUCGUCGAGAUUUUUGAUCGUGGAGGAAGGAUCGGGAGUUACGAUGAUCGAAUCCGUGCACGAGAACCCUUUCUACGAUUCGAGAACCCGGAAACCCAUCAUCCGAUUCGCCACGGCCGUCGGCAAUUCAGAUCCAUGGAUUCGAAUCGCGAGCAAAUGUCUUGGCCUGUGAAGAAGGAGGCGGUGGUCGAGGGCGAUCUCGUGUUGGGCGGUUUAAUGAUGGUGCACGAGAGGCAGGACAGGUUAACGUGCGGGCCGGUGAUGCCGCAGGGCGGGGUGCAGGCGUUGGAGGCGAUGCUCUACACGUUGGAUAAGCUGAACACGCAGGAUAUCGUGCCGGGUGUGAGAAUCGGCGCUCACAUCCUCGACGAUUGCGACAACGACACGUACGGGCUCGAGAUGUCGGUGGAUUUUAUAAAAGGAUCGAUAAGCAAUAUAGACGGUGCCGAGGAUCAUUGCAAUAAAACUGCCGUGCGAAAAGUUAUCAGCGGAGUCGUUGGAGCAGCAAGCUCAGUCACAUCCAUCCAAGUGGCAAACCUUCUCCGACUUUUUCGAAUACCGCAGGUCUCAUUCUUCUCGACCAGCCCAGAACUUUCCAACAAACAACGAUUCGAAUAUUUCACGCGCACUAUACCGAGUGACCAUUAUCAAGUAAAGGCAAUGGUGGAGAUCGUGAUGAAAAUGAAAUGGAGUUACGUGUCUAUCAUAUACGAAGAGAGCAAUUACGGAAUAAAGGCGUUCGAAGAGCUGGAAGAAUUGCUAGGUAAAAGGAACAUAUGCAUAGCUAUCAAGGAAAAAUUGGUGAAAGAUUCUGGGGUUGCGAAAGAUGCGGCUUACGACAAUAUCGUUUUGAAAUUGUUGACCAAACCGAGAGCACGAGGUUGCAUCAUAUUCGGCUCGGAUCAAGAAGUUGCCGGAGUUAUGAGGGCGGUUAAACGUUGCAAUGCGACCGGUGCGUUUUCGUGGAUUGGCAGCGACGGAUGGAGCGCCAGGGGGUUGGUUAGCGAUGGUAACGAGGCGGAAGUGGAGGGCACUCUAUCGGUUCAACCUCAAGCAAAUCCUGUCAAGGGUUUCGAAGAAUAUUUCCUCAAUUUGACGGUCGAGAACAACCGGAGGAAUCCGUGGUUCGUUGAAUUCUGGGAACACCACUUUCAGUGUAAAUACCCGAACGCAUCCAUAACUCCGUACAACAAAAAUUACACGAAAUUCUGCACUACGGAAAAGCGUUUGACGAAACAGAACACAGCGUUCGAGAAUCAACUCCAAUUCGUGUCCGACGCGGUGAUGGCGUUCGCCUAUGCAUUUCGAGAUAUGCACAAAGAGCUCUGCGAUGGGAAACCUGGACUGUGCGACGCGAUGAAACCUACCAAGGGUACCGAACUUUUGAAAUAUCUUCGAAAAGUGGAUUUUGAAGGUCUGAGCGGCGACAAAUUCAAAUUCGACAAGAACGGUGACGGGCCGGCCCGAUACAACAUCAUACACUUCAAACAAAUCGAGCCGGGCAAAUACGAGUGGGUCCGGGUUGGCAAAUAUCUCUCGGGUGAAUUACGGUUGAAUAUGUCUGCAAUCCAAUUUAAACUUGGACAUCCCGAGCCACCCGAAAGCGUGUGCUCUCUGCCCUGCGAGGUCGGCCAGGCAAAGAAAUACGUGGCGGGCGAGCAAUGCUGCUGGCAUUGCUUCAAUUGCACUCAAUAUCAGAUACGAGAUCACAAGGACGUGACCCAAUGUAUUUCUUGUCGUCAAGGUACGGUGCCGGACGAAACGCACUCCGCUUGCCGUGAUAUCCCCGAGGAAUUCUUGCGGCCAGAAAGCGGAUGGGCAAUAGGGGCAAUGUCUUUCUCCGCUACAGGGAUUCUGAUAACUCUAUUCGUCUGUGGGGUGUUUCUGAAGCACAACGACACACCGGUGGUACGUGCAUCUGGCCGUGAACUGUCGUACGUUCUUCUCUCCGGGAUCCUGCUCUGUUACCUCGUUACUUUCGCCCUCGUUCUCAGACCGACGGACAUCGUUUGCGGGAUUCAAAGAUUCGCCGCGGGUUUCUGUUUCACCGUGGUCUACGCGGCCCUUUUAACAAAGACAAAUCGAAUAUCGAGGAUCUUCAACGCGAGCAAACACAGCGCCAAGAGGCCAUCCUUCAUAUCUCCGCGGUCACAGCUGAUCAUAUGUUCCGGUUUGGUGUUCGUGCAAAUUCUGAUCAACGGAGUUUGGAUGAUAAUCGAUCCAGCCAAGGCGAUGCAUCAUUAUCCGACCAGGGAGGACAAUUUGCUCGUUUGCAACAGUUACAUAGACGCCAGUUACAUGAUCGCUUUCGCUUAUCCCAUCAUGUUGAUCGUCGUUUGCACCGUGUACGCCGUCCUCACAAGAAAGAUCCCGGAAGCUUUCAACGAGAGCAAACACAUCGGUUUCACGAUGUACACCACGUGCGUGAUAUGGCUGGCUUUUGUGCCCCUGUACUUCGGUACUGGGAACAACGUUGCAUUGAGAAUCACCUCGAUGUCAGUUACUAUAAGUCUAUCCGCGUCCGUAACUAUAGCCUGUCUGUUCAGCCCGAAGUUAUACAUCAUUUUAAUACGGCCAGAAAGAAACGUACGUCAAAGCAUGAUGCCAACUAGAUAUAGCACCACGAAAAGUUCAGCAGUCACGGCUACCAAUGCUUCUAGCAUGAUAGCACCGGUUGCGCUGACUGCGGCUACGUGUGAUCAGAAUAAGGCUGUUAAAAAACACAUCACCACUACCAUUGAUUGCUCCACUCAAAGCGAAUACUACGAGCUAGAGGUAAAAGAUCAGAAAAAUGGGAAACCACCCUCGGUCGUUUCUCGAUCGACCCAAACCUCUGCCAACAACGACAAAGACGCUAAUGCUGUGGUAACGCAGAGCAAAGAGACGAAGGAUAAUACCACGACAACGAAGCAAUUGAACAAUAAAGCGAGAAUAGGAAACGGACCUAUAAAUCAGAGUGAUGUUCCAUUAUAGCAGCAAACUUCCAUAGAAUCGGCCAUUUUGCCCGCGACUUUGAAACCAAUUUCGAAAAAUCCGGUGAUAGUUUGAAAGGACGCAAAAAAAAAAAAAAAAAAAAAAAAAA